CUCUCCUCCGCUCGCUUCCACGCCAGUUAGCACCGUUUUCGACGGCGGACUUCGCGCUUGUAUCGACAGGCUAGACCACCAUGAACUCACCUGACGGCACUAUUCCCCCCGUUCACCGCCUCUCGGUCGAAUUACUCGAAUGCAUCUUUCUCCUCCUCUCGCAACCUGUUACGAACAUGCUCUCCGCACACGUCUGCCAAUAUUGGCGCCAGAUCACGCUGGGUAGCCCCAGACUAUGGGCACGCAUAUGGGUGGAUGGCUAUCUAACAGAUGGCAGCAGUCAUCUUGCGCGCGCCGCUCUAGCGCGCUCGAACCCGCUCCCCGUUCACAUACAUAUUACAUCUCGGCGUCUAGUCUCUACUGCAGAGGAAGUGCUACUCUGGGAAGACGUUCUUAGACAGUCGGUGCGCUGGGAACAGGCUCGACUGAGCUUUCCCCUUGUCGUGGCAAUGAAGGUGACGGAGCUUAAUGCGCCGCUGCUGAGAAAGCUCGACAUUGGUGUGAUCCCAAAGGAGCCUUGCCUGGAUAUCGGGCAAUCCGACGAGGCAGGCACGGAGGACGACUCGGAUGAGGAGGACAUCAUCGGUCCCGAUUUCACAAUUCAGGCGCCUCUCCUCACGAAUGCAACCAUCGCCGGCACCCUCCGCCCUCUUCAAAUCACCCUCCCCUACGCCCAGCUCCUCUCCCUCGACCUUCAACUCGGUGCCUACGACGACUCUCUCCACGAUCUCAUCGACGUUUUCUCGCCCUGCACCUUGCUCACCCACCUCACCGUAUCCAUGACCGCCUGCAGCGGCACGGACACCGUGCCCUUCACUCUUCCCGCGCUCCAGGUCCUCGACGUUAACAAUCAGGCGACCGAGCUCUGCCGUGACCUGACCGCGCCCUCCCUGCACAGAAUUGUCUUUCGCAUGGAGCACAUCGACGUCCAGGACCCCGAGCGGUAUCUGAACAAGGAGCUCCUCGCCCUCCUCCGCCUCGCCCGCCGCUGCGGGGACAAGAUUACCUCCCUCACACUCCGCGUGGAGACCUUCGAGAGCGGAGAGAGCGGCGACAUACUUGAUCGAGUCCUGUGCGAGCUGCCGGGCGUCACCGAGCUGGCGACGUGGGAGUACCUUGGGCAGGAGGACGUGUACGGGCACUCGCUGGUCAUUGACGGCGUGCUGCUCAGAGCACACGACCCAAGUGCCCCAUUGCUACCCAACCUGACGCGGCUGUCGAUGCAUACGAUGCAUAGUGACUGGAUUCGGCGCGACAUGGACGAUAUAAAGGCGAUGGUCGAGUCGCGCAGACGGCCUGUGAUCUUAGGAAGGGCCAUGCUCCAACACUUCGAGCUCGAUCAGCGGACAGACCUCUGGCCAGACGAUGGUUGGCAGUACGCAUUUUCGUCUUUCGAGGCGUGCGAACGUACUUAUGUGGAGGAUCAUGCUGAGGCUUUCGAGUGGAUGGUGGAGAUGAGAGAGGCGGGGCUCGAUUUACGGUGUAACUUGUUGGAUAAGUAUUUUGCUUUCAAGUUGCAGCCUCCAAUCAUCGAUGCAAGAAUACCGAAGUAUGUACGAUAGGUAGGUAGAUAGAAACGAACUCAGGCGAAGAUCCUCCC